CAAUAGCAGCAGCCAAAACAAAAAUGACGUCGGAAACGUCAUCGGCAGCUGACAGUCCGGCACUGCUGCACCGGCCCCUCCUCACGACCUACUCGGACAGCAACGUGUGCGGCAGGGGAGGCGGUGUCACCACCAUAACCGGGCCCUGCAUUAACCGCAUGGCAUCGUCACCACGUCGGACUCGUGGUACAGGUGGCGUUGGUCCCUACGCCGGUGCCGGGGCUGGUCGCGCCAACCUCGCGCGUUUCUCACCACCCGGUGUGCGUUUCCAUCCCCUCGAUAUGGACCAUAAAACGCUAAGGAGCGGCGGCGCAGGUGGACGUCUGGCAGCCCCGCGGAUGUCACUGCUGGGACGCCCGGUGAACUAUCGGGCGACUCGUCGCGAUGCCCGCUACCGACGUCUCCAGGCCCGCGUCUACAACUUCCUCGAGCGGCCCCGUGGCGUCUACGCCAUCACGUAUCACAUGAUUGUAUUUUGUAUGGUCUUUACGUGCCUGGUUCUUUCAGUGUUCAGUACAAUAGACGAGUACGAAAGAGAGGCUGGGAUCCUCCUUUUUUACAUGGAAAUGGUCGUAGUGGUCUGGUUCACCGGUGAAUUCUUUUUUAGGUUAUGGUCGUCAGGAUGUCGGUCGAGGUAUCAAACGGCCAUCGGGCGGCUAAAGUUUCUGCGGAGGCCGUUCUGCAUCAUCGAUGUGAUAACGAUAAUCGCGAGCAUCGUCGUGCUCGCGAUGCGGAGCAGCGGCCAGGUGUUCGCGGCGAGCGCGUUGCGAGGCCUCCGCUUCUUCCAAAUACUACGGAUGGUGCGGAUGGACCGACGAGGCGGCACAUGGAAGCUCCUGGGCAGUGUCGUUUACGCUCAUCGACAAGUAAGCGUCUUACCAUUGUUUUUAACGAUAAAUACCGUUUUUUGUUUUUUUUUAGUGUAUAUAUUUAUACACUCGGUUACUCAUGUAUCCAACGGCACGUGUACGUGUAUGUUCCAGAUCACACUCUGCACGGUGGGCUACGGCGAUGCCGUGCCAAAAACCUGGCAGGGCAAAAUUAUCGCCUCCUUCUGCGCACUCCUCGGCAUCUCCUUCUUCGCUCUUCCCGCCGGAAUUUUGGGCUCGGGAUUCGCCCUGAAAGUACAACAGCAGCAGCGACAGAAGCACAUGAUCCGGAGAAGACAGCCGGCAGCUACGCUGAUUCAGGCGCUCUGGAGGUGUUACGCGGCGGACGAGCACAGUAUGAGCAUAGCAACUUGGAAAAUCCACCAAGUACCCUUGCCGAGUCCACCCAGUAGUCGACCCUCUUCUAGCUUUAAGCACAACGCGUCCUUCGUCAGCCGACUGCCGACCAUUCGCCGCCACAAGAGCACCUCGCUGCACAGUCCCAGUCUCCACAAGCUCGUUCACCAGGGCUACCAGGGCCAUCGCGGCGGCAACGCCAGGGACCUCAUCUCGUCGUCCGAAAAUUUAGGUGAUACGGCCCUUUGGGUUAUUGCAGGUGGCCAGCCCACGAGCAACAACGGCGGCGGGCAGAACAACACCAACGAGCCGAGCGGGGGUGGAGGAGGUCGGCAAUUGAACGCGAGCUAUUCCGAGGACUCCGUGACGGAAACGGCUCUGUCGAAAAGAAAUUCCGACGCGACAGCUCAGAGUUUCGGGAGAUCAUCGUCGACCCUCGAGUUGCACGAGCUGCGCAUUGACGGGCUGAUCGGCCGGCUAGGUGAGACCUCGUCUACACUGCCCCUCGCACUUGCGGGCCUAGUAUCUCCGCUACCACCUCUGCCGGAGCUUCUGGGGUCCCCGACUUCCCCGAAUGCCUCUCCAACUUCCGAGAAGAAUGAAGACGAGGAACCUCGAUGCGUUCAGCUUACCCCCCAGCAUAAAGGUGCGAUAAGGGCGAUACGAAAGAUGAAGUACUUCGUGGCGAGGCGGAAAUUCAAAGAGGCGCUGAAGCCGUAUGACGUUAAGGACGUGAUCGAGCAGUACAGCGCCGGCCACGUCGACUUGCUCGGUCGCGUGAAAAAUAUCCAAACUAGGUUAGAUCAAAUUCUGGGUAAACAAGGGUCGAAAGCGAGGGACGUGUACGCUUCGAAAAUUAGCUUAGCGUCGAGAAUCGUCAAGGUCGAAAGGCAGGUCGACGACAUCGAAGCAAAACUCGACCAGCUUAUCGAGCUGUACAUGGAGGACCGCAAGCGCCUGUUGGCCCUACCGAUGCCGGAACCCAAGCCCAACGGGGACGAGGACGACGGCGUAGCGCCGGAAACGCCACUAUCCGCGGACGCCGGCACCUUGGCCGCCGGAUUCGUGCUCAAGCCCAUCCUCGUCGACAAGCAACUGUCCGAGCCGAGUUCCCCGACGACCGGCAACUUCCGGGACUCCGAGCGGCCCGGCCAUCUGGCCGGUAAGCCCAAGCAGAUGCACCGCGGCCACUCGGAUCUCGGCAGUCGUGUCAAAAAGAGAGUCACCCUCAGUUCCAUACCGUCGCACCUGGUGCUUCCGACCGACUCGUCGAGCGUCCCGGUGUCGUCAUCGUCGGUCGCACCGUCGACGAAACCACCGCGAAUACCAACGACAACGGCGACGAUGACGACAGUUGUCGCGUUACCACCGGCUUCGGCUGGUGUGGCAACGCACUCGUCGGUAGCCCCAACCUCGGUGGUGACGACGCGCCAGGGCGACGUGGUGAUAAUGGUGCCUCCGCUCUGCAGCUCCGAGCUCGAGGGCGGCAAUCAUCAGCUGCUGCAGGGCGAGAGUGACCUGUACUCUUCCUCCUCGUCGUCGGCCACGACUGUUGUCGUUGCUCCGGAUGAUGACGAGCUGGACCAGAGCUCCAAGGACACAACUGAUAGGGUGGAGGAUCGCGAAACCAUCUACACGCGAGUCGUCUCGGAUGACGACGAAAACGAGGAAGACGACGACGACGACGACGAGGAGGAGGAAGUGGAAGAAUACGAGGAAGAGGGUGACAACGACGAGGGUAUGGAUCUGGACGCUUGCGAUCACGAUUACGAAGACGAAGGCGAGGAGGACGAGGAGGACGAGGAGGAGACCUCGUGCGAGAACACGGCCCUACUGGGCGCGGCGAUGCGCACCCAGAUAAUCGUAACCCCGAGCCUAAGUCCCGUCCAGAGCAGCCAAGACAUCCUCCACGAGCUCCAGCAGCAGGCCACCCAACAGCCGGCACUCUUGCCACCAAACCACGACCACCACCACCACCACCACCACUCCUCGUCCUCGUCCUCCUCGUCGUCCCGCUCCUAGCUGAUGGACCGCGUCGCUCCUUACUGUCCAGCCUCGGACCCAAGGGAUGUGGCCCUUCGGGCGUCACUGUGUCAUGUACAUUUGUUACGAAUCGAAAACAAAAACAAACGCGGGGAGUAUGUAUACACAACAUAUAUACACAUGUAUACCCUCGAAAAAAUAUAUCGACGACGUCGCGACGAAAGGACGAGCGUGAGCGGGGGGGGGAGGCAAACGGAGGCCAGGAAGGCAGGCAGGCACGCGAUCGUUUUGCUGUAUACUGCUGUUGCCAUAUACCGCUGCUCUAGCUUUAGGUUAAUUUAAAAUUGCGGGCUGUUACACGUGGGAUGCAUGUGGGUGUAAAUGUGGGUAUAAACUCGCGGGACCUUGCACGACGAG